AUGGGUCAAGACAUAACCGAAUUGAAAGCCUUUAAGGAAGAAGUAAAUUCUAACUUGCAAAACCAAGGAGCUGCCAUCCAGAAGCUAGAAAAUCAAAUUGGGUAUUUGUAUAAGCAAACCCCUGGGCCAAGCGUUUCUCAUGCUGCCAAGGCUAUUGCAAGGGAAGAAUGUAAGGCCAUAAACCUCAGAAGUGGAAAGAAGCUAAAGGAGAUCUCAAGGGAAACCACAGAGGAUGAAGCAAAGGAAAAUGUGAGAGACAAGGAACAGGGACAAUCUUUUACACCGUCUGCAACAAAAGAAAAAGAAAAAGAGGUCCUGAAGCCUUAUACACCCAAAGCGCCAUAUCCUCAACGUUUGAUGAAAAGUGAAAAGGAUGGCCAAUUCUCCAGAUUUUUGGAGAUUUUCAAGAAGCUUCAAAUCAACAUUCUGUUUGCUGAGGCAAUAGAGCAAAUGCCACUCUAUGCAAAAUUCUCAAAGGAAUUAAUGACCAAGAAGAGAAGCUGGAGAAAUGAGGAAACUGUGUUGUUGACUGAAGAAUGCAGUGCCAUCAUUCAACACAAAUUGCCUCAGAAAUUGAAGGAUCCAGGCAGUUUCCAAAUCUCCUGCAUCAUAGGAGAAGUCAUGGUGGAGAAGGCCUUGUGUGACUUAGGGGCCAGUAUCAAUUUGAUGUCUCUAACAAUGAUGAGAAGAAUGAAGAUUGAGGAAGCCAAACCAACAAGAAUGGCCCUCCAAUUGGCAGAUCGAACUUUUAAAUUCCCUCAUGGGAUAGUUGAGGAUUUGUUGGUGAAAGUGGGAGAUUUCAUAUUUCCUGCCGAUUUUGUGGUGUUAGAUAUGGAGGAGGAAGCCAAAGCUUCGAUAAUCCUGGGAAGACCCUUCCUGGCUACUGCUGGGGCCAUCAUAGAUGUCCAAAAGGGUGAACUCACUCUUAGACUGCAUGAUGAGCAAUUGGUGUUUAACGUAUUCAAGGCAAUGAGCUAUCCAUCAGAAUCACUAAAGGAAUGCAUGAGAGUGGAUGUAGUGGACAUUGCAGAGUGCUGA